UGAUUAGACACUGGGGUCCAUGCGUGAUGAGUGUCAGCUGGUUGUGAGAGUUUGUCUUGUGGCUUCUGGAGAGCUUCUCAGUGACUGGGAGUCUUCUCGGCAGAGGUUCCUGGCUCGCUCUCUCAUCAGGAUGUCGGGCAGCACUCCUUCCCUGAACAGGCUGGAGCAGAGGGCGACCGAGGCCGACCAGCUCAUCGAAUACCUGAAGCAGCAGGUCCAGCUGCUCAAGGAGAAAGCUAUCUUGCAGGCCUCAAUCCGGGAGGAGAAGAAACUUCGAGUGGAAAAUGCGAAGUUAAAGAAAGAUAUUGAGGAUCUGAAAAAACAACUGCUAGAAAAAGAAAAAAGGAAAGGAGUCAAACAGGUGCCAAUGCCCGCUGCAGAUGCCUGCGUCCAGUCGUCUUCCCAGCCUCCUGUAGUGGCGGCUGCCAAGCCCGACACCUCCACUGCCCCUGCCCCAGCAGGCAGUAAACAGACCCCUCAGAAGGGCAACGGAGAGAAAACCAAGAAGGAGAAGCCAGAAAAGAGGGGAGAGAAGAAAGAGAAGACUCCAACAGCAGCGGCUGAGGAGUCCAGGCCAGUGGACGUCUCUCGCCUGGACUUGCGAGUUGGCAGGAUUGUGACGGCUAAGAAGCACCCCGAUGCCGACUCACUGUACGUGGAGGAGGUAGACGUGGGAGAAGCUGCCCCCAGGACUGUGGUCAGCGGCCUGGUGAAGCACGUGCCCUUAGAGCAGAUGCAAAACCGAAUGGCUGUCCUCCUGUGCAAUCUGAAGCCGGCGAAGAUGAGGGGGGUUUUGUCCCAAGCCAUGGUGAUGUGUGCUAGCUCACCAGACAAAGUGGAAAUCCUUGACCCACCCAGUGGAGCUGCUCCAGGGGACAGAAUCACCUUUGAUGGCUUCCCCGGCGAGCCCGACAAGGAGCUGAACCCCAAGAAGAAAGUGUGGGAGCAGGUUCAGCCGGACUUGCGCACCGAUGGUCAGUGUGUGGCGGUGUACAAGGGAGCUCCUUUUGAAGUCAAAGGCAAAGGAGUCUGCAAAGCUCAGACCAUGAGCAACAGUGGGAUCAAAUAAAGCCUGGAGCUCGGGUCCCGACUUGAAAAGAGAAAAACACUGACGGUCAUGUAGAAGGAGUGCAGUCUGGUCAGUGAUGGACGAAUGUAGCACAAUAAAGGCUUUGAAACGGA